AAGUGAUAUGGGGGGUGGGGCAUAUGUGUUUUGCAGCUAUUUGUCAAAUGUAACUAAAACUGUAAUCAUGGAAGUUAGAAAAAGCAUCUGUAAUUUAAUGACAUAUUUUCUCACAGAAAUAUAAUGGAUUACAGUUACAUAGAUGUUGCAAUUCAAUUGCGUCAUCUGGUUACAUGUAAUUUUUUACUGUCCAACACUGUGCCUGCACUUCUACUGUGUUGUGAGAUGACUUGCUGAAAAAGUUGAAAUACUACAAAUAAACCGCAAGGUGGCAGCAAUGCGCUGACUGUUACUGGUUACUCUACCGGAAAUAAUGGAGUCGAAGAAGGAAAUAGUAUCCCACUAUGGGGCCGCCCCGUCUAAUGGCGAGCUAACAGCAGCAACACUAUAAGCGACUUACACUGACUUAGGAUGUGUUGUAACGCCGAAAAGCGUCAAUAAUGUAGUUUUAUUUUUAUUUUUAUUUUAGCUCCGCCAUUCCGACUUGGGGCUCGUUCUCACUACGCUCGAUAAUGCCGAAGAUGAAACUACGGAAUAAAACGACCGAGGAAGGUGGCGACGAAACGACCGAGGAAGAUGCGUUGGAUCAGUCGGAACGCCAACAUGUUCCCAGUGUGGUCUGUCCCACCUCCGUGUCCAACAGGCUGGAGCGUUCUCCCAAAGGCCAAGCGUAUCCACCCCAGCUGGACAAGGAGACUGUCUUUGAAUGGUUCGGCCUUCAUGUAAACCCUGCCAAGCGAAUCGAGUUCAUGUGCGGGCUGAUGCAUAUGUGCCAACCCCUGGAGCUUCGCUUUUUAGGAUCUUACCUGGAGGAUCUGGCUCGGAGGGAUUAUCACGUUUUACGGGACUUUGAGUUCCGUGCGAAUAAUCCACACGAGUUGGGGAUUUUAACGGACUUAAUCGACCCGGUUGUGAGGUCCAAACUACUGGUGUGUCUUUCCCUCCUCGGGUCUGACAGCAGAGAAUGCGCCGGGAUACUCUUUCGUAUACUGAGCCAUGUAGAUCCGUCCCUGUUCUACAAAAAAUACGACUACUCCCUGCGUUCAUUCAGGGACCCCGAGCACCACCACUCGUUCCAUCCGGAUGGGAACGCUUGCAAACAAACGUGCGGCGUCUCGAGCAACGAAAUCCCCGCAGGACCUUUGGACCAGUUAGCCCUUCUUUUCAGUAUGGCCUCGCUACACCCAGCUUUUCAUUUUCACCAGCGCGAGACGCUUCGGACUCAACUUGACAAAAUUGAGCUCGCAAUAGAAGAGGGCGGACGUCAGCUUCACAGAAACGAACAAACAACAACAGAGCUGCCAGGCCAGAAGGUUGAAUAUCUUCCGUCUUCAUCUCUGGGUUUGGGGGAAUGUGCAGACUCCCAUCCUCCUUGCCAGAGUCGACGUUCCAGACGCGGGGCAAUACAAAGAGAAGCGGUGCAUAUAGAGGCAAUCGUGCUCAAGUGUAUCUCUCUGACCAGAAUAGACAAGGAAUACAACUUUGAGGUGAAGUGGUCAGACUCCUCCUCUAGUAAUGUGACCAAAACUCAUCUGGAACUGGAAAAUUUCCUUUUUAAGCUUCCUAAAGAUCAGUGCACUGAGUCAUUUAAGAAGGGCCUCCUGAGACUUUUAAGCCAGGGCGACCACUAUGAGAGCAGAGAGGACGACAAAAGCCUCAGGGAAAAGUUCCUUGCUGCUCCUCCAGUUUUCAGACAGACCAGGAAGGUGUGCAGCUUCUUCAAUUGUGACUCCAGUUACUCUACAAAACCAUCAAAUUGCCGUUGUAUAGAAUCCUACAGCCAGGGCCACAAGAAAAAGCAUGGAGCCAAGAAUAUAAAUCAAAGUCUGUCUAGUGCAAAAGGCCCCCAGGGAGAUAAUCGGAGGGGGCCUCAUGUCGCUGAGCUCAGUGGUCCAGCAGAAAGGAGGAAGAGAGGUUUCAAUUUGAGAAGCGUGCCAGAACCUGAUCAGGAUACAGAGAAGAGAAGCCACCCAGGAGCCAAGACAAAGAGCAGAGUCCUCCCAGCAGAUAGAGACACAGAAAGGGGAUCUUCAUAUGUCACCAAUGGUAAUCUGGCACCAACACAUUUGCCUCAGAAGAAAGGUUUGGUAGCUGUUGCGGUUUCUGGUAUGGACACCUUUGGUGAAACAUCUUCAGAGAGCUACAGCUCUCCAUCAAGUCCUCAACACAGAGGAGCAGAAAGUCUAGACAGUGAGGAUGAUCAUAAUAGAGAUACUGACAGCCACUCUGAUGACUCCUGCAAAGUACCAGGCCCAGGCAUGUUCUUCGCCCAUCAAACUGAUCCGAGUGUCGUGGGAAACCCCAUGUCUGUCCACCCUUUGUCCCCUAACAACCACACAGCCCAGAUAGACUUCCCCGGCCCUGAGAACAACAUCCAGUUCCCCCCUCUUUCCUUCAUGCAUCCUCCACCUGACGUGCUCCCUAAUGGCGCCUGUGACCCUCCACUGACAGGGCCUCCGCCUCCCAACCAAAGCAUUCUCCCAGAUGGAAAGCCACCUUCUGGUCCGCUGAUGAUGCCGAUGCCUCCUGGGGUUCCAGUUAUGCCGGCCCUCGGUGAACUAGAAAAAAGGGACAUGAUGCCAACUUUCGGCGUUCUGUCUAUGGGCUUUCAACCUGGUGUGCAGCCUAUGGUCCAGAGGUUCAAAACAGCUUUGCCACUUAGCCAAGGUGGUCAUGAUGCCUUGUCAGAGAGCACUUCUACUCCUGUUGCCUCCCAGUCCGCACAACAAGCCCCGGUGCGAGCUAUCGGCGCCACGUCUUCCGGACUCGCUAUGUACCCCUCCUCGCUGCCCUGCCAGGACGCCAGCGCUCUAAGUUCUGGCCUGACACGCUCACUGCCUCUGGGAGAGGCUUCACACGCCAAACACCCUGGUUUAACCUUACCCUCUGGUCUCUCUCUGCCAUCUCCCUACACUUUGUCCCCGGGAGGUGCACCUGCAGCUACCGGACUAGUACCCAUUCCUCCAGCUGUACCCACGCACACCCCAGGCCCUGCUCCCAGUCCAGCACUCGCUCACAGCACGGCACUUAGUGACUGUCGAUCUUACAGCAAUGCCAGUGCUUCCUGUGACAAUCCUGUCUCUCUUCAACAAACUCAGCAGCAGCAAGUGCCCCCCCAGCAGCCAGCACCACUACAGCAACAGCAUCUGAUGGGCUGCGGCACUUGCGGCUGCCACAACAACUGUGGCAGCCGAGGUGUGAGUGGCUGCCAAGCGCCGCUGUUCUUCCCCAGCCACCAAAUGGCGGCAGCGGUGCGGCAGGUCUUCAGCGUCCCGCCGCCUCUCUUCCAACUGACGAGCCUGUGCAUCAACAGCUACCUCACCCAGGGGCAGCCACCCCACCAUGGCAACGGGGCCGCCACCCUGCCCACAUUCUACCCCACUGCCCCACCCCCCGGCCACCCUUCGGCCUACGGCCACCUCCAUUCACAUUCACAAAGCCACGCGGACGUGCCGUCGCACAUGCUGAGCACGCAAGUGGUGGCGGCCGCGGCGGCCACGAGCUACAACCUCCAGCAGCAGAUGACGCCCGUUGCGUCGUUCCAACGCAUUUACCAGCAGGUCUACCCCAAUCCCCUGGGGAUGCUUCAAGCUGCUACUCUGGGAGGCGGCGGAGUCAACAAGAAGAAUGGGAGCGUGUCCUGUUCUAACUGCGGUGUGAGCGGACACUACGCUCAGGACUGCAACCAACCCUCCAUCGACUCCACACAGCAAGGUGGCUUCCGGUUAAAGUAUGCAGCUUCACACGCUGCAGAGGCACUCGACGGCGCUGACUGAAAAAGUAGAGUUGUUUCUACGGUGACGGUGGUCCGCCCUUCUUCCUGACACUUCCGUGUGCUCAAAAAGAGCGACAACAACAUAAAUACAGGAGCCUUCUCAGAGAAAGCGUAACCUGCUAAGGGCUCAGCGGACAAAGCCGACAAAAAGUAUUUGUGCCUAAACCUUGUUCACAGGAAGUGAUUUCAAUGUCUCAUGCACAUGAGUUCCCCCCUUUCAGUUGAUUUUGGCUAUUUUUGCACUGAGGGUUGGAAAACGUUUAACUUAUUACUACUUGAUUAUCAUGGUUGUUAUUAUUACUUGAGCGCUUUUAGAGACAUUUUAGUUUUUAAAGUGAAGAUAAGCCUGAGUGACAACAAACAAAAAGCUUUGCGUAUUUAUGCUUUGUCGACAUUACUGUUCUUAGAAAGGUUUGACUGAUUUUUUUUUUUUUUUUUUUUUUUAAAUAACGAUAAUCAAAAUUUAAUUCAUUGUUAAGAAAAUAAUUGUUUUGACCUCACUGUAAGUUCUUGAAUGUACACCACCUGUACGGCUCCAGCACACCUGCGACCCUAGUGAGGAGAAGUGAUACAGAAAAUGGAUGGAAGGAUGUUUUUUUCCCUAAUGUGCACUAACAAAAUGAGAGGGGAAACGAAUCUCAAGCCAGGGCUUUACUCUGUAUAGUUAACAUUGCUUGUUGCCUGCAGAUACUGUAAACACACAAAAGAAAAUUGAGUUUUGAUUUGGUCCAGUAAGUACAGUGAACCCCCUCAUAUUCAUGGUUUGGCAUUUGCGAGUUCACAAAUUCUUUUUUUUUUUUUUAAACUUGCUGAAAAACUUACCUCUUUUUUGUUUUUGUUUUGUUUGUUUUUUUUUUGCUGAGGCCAAACGAAUAAAAGCAUUGCUUUGCCUCCAUCUUGUUGCCAAGGAGCUAAGUUGAAGGAGCUUCAAUCAGAAAAGAAAAUGUGCUUUGCCAUCGUCUUGUGGCAUCGAGGCUAUUUUUGGUAUUGGCAGUAGUGGGUUUCACUGUACUGACCAGUUGGCCUUAUAUAGGACUACAACACAGUCUUAGGAAGUGCAGUAUCUAAAGCAUCAGCACGCUUCAAAUGUGUCAAAAGGACAUUAACAUGGGCAACCGACCAGUCGGUGGAAGCUAACGUGGAUCAGGUUCAACUUGCAGUGUUUCAAAAUUUUCAAGUUAAAAAAUAGAAUUGUUAAUUCAUAUUUAAUGCAUUUUAUGUAUAAAUGCUUUAUACAUUUAGUUCAUUUCAGGUGCAUUUACAUUCAAACAAAAUCUCAUUCAACUUUGGUGGUGACAUAAUUUGCCCUGUGGGUCUGGAUUUGUGACCCACAAAGUUGCACACACGAUCAAGCGCAGUUUUUUGUUUUUUUUUUGCCGCACCAAUUUCAAAAUGUAUCAAGCUAUAUGAUUGAUCAUCAAGCAGGUACACAAACCUGUUCUUUAUCAUCAUUAAUUGAUAUACAGCAAAUGUCAGUGGCAAAAGAUUAAAUAUUUCAAUAAUUCUGCG